AUCAUGAAGCUGACAACGUUUGCGUGUGGAUUCAGUUUUGUCAUCGUGGACAUUGUCUUCUUUCUUUAUAAGACGGGCGAAUCCAUGUUGGAUGCCACAACUCGACCAUAUUUGGUUCGUGCCGUGUGUUAUGAAAUGUUUAAAGAUGAACAGGCAAAGAACGAAACUACAUGUAUGAAUUUAGAUAAAUACCCCGUGCUAGAAGAUUACGUUCAAAGUAAAUCAGGAAAUUACCUCAUCUACUACCGACUCUUGUUAAAUAUUCCCGCCAUUGCCCUCUCGUUAUUUUGCGGGUCAUACAGCGAUCGGUACGGCCGGAAAAUCCCCAUCAUUCUCCCGAGUCUAGGGAGCGUGUUCGCUGUGAUGCUUUAUGUCGCCAGCAAUAUGGUGCCCGAGCACAGGAUAGCGCUAAUUCUAGGGGGCUCUGCAGUUCAGGGAUUUUUUGGCAAAAGCUCCGUGAUAACUAUGGCUGUUAAUAGCUUCGUGUUUGAUUUGUCGGACGCUGGGGAUCGUACCCGGAACCUUGGAAAGCUCCUGGCCAUGAACUUCUUUGGAUUAUUUAUGGGGUCAUUAUUCUCAGGAAUAUUUCAAGACGUCCUUGACCUCAACGCCGCUUUUGUGUCGGUUGUUGUUCUCCAUGGAGCGUCCAUUCUAUUCACCAUUGUCCUCGUGGACGAAACUGUGGAAAGGAAGGAGACCGAAGACGACCAGAGUUCAUCGUGUGAGUUAUGUGAAGUGUUCAGACCCUCAAACAUCAAAGAAACGCUAGCUGUCAUGUUCAAAUCUCGUUCUGGAAAUAACAGGACUAUUAUUCUGGUUUUGUUUUUGGUUUCUUUAGUGAACCAGACCUGUAAGGUCGGGGAGAUGGAUAUAAACCUGUUGUUUGUGACUCGAUCUCCCUUGAACUGGUCCAAGUCGUGGUAUGGCUACCUUCUAUCCUUGGACUACGCCGUUAUGGGAAUGUGUUUGUUCAUUUUUCUGCCUUUAUUCUCCAAUAAGCUCAUGCUUACUGAUGUUUCCAUUAUGAUAUUAGGAAUCGGGUGUAAGUUCAUCAGAUUAAUAUGGGCGGGAUUUUGUGAUGAAACUUGGAUGGUAUUUGUUUCCGUUGCUAUAGGAGCGAUGGCGGGAAUGAUUACUUCCGCUCUGCGCUCAUUGGUCAGUAAAGCAGUGCACGUGGAUGAAGCGGGAAAAAUGUUUUCUCUACUUUCCUGUGGCGAAACAUCUUCCAAAUUCUUAGGUACAUUGAUAUUUGUCAAUCUCUAUAGUGCUACCGCUCAUAUAUUCCCAGGUAUUGCUUUUAUGGUAGAAGCUUUUAUAUAUCUAAUUCUGUUAGGAGUUCUCGUAAUUAUGUAUAAGCAGUUGCGUGACCUUCAGAGCUGUGAUUUGUUACAAUCGCUCAAAGAACAAACAAAUUAUGGCACCACCGAAAGCCACCAAUCAAAGGAAAGUAAGCAAUUACCGGAAAUAGACGAAAUGGAGGAGAAUCAAGCACACCCCUCUAUGUAUCCCGCCACCACACCAUGAUCCACGCCGCCACCACACCAUGAUCCGCCCUCCUGACGACUGCCGCGUGUUCUUGACAAGUGUUCUGUUAUAGUUUAUAUCGAAUAAUACAAUACUCGUUAUUAAAUAAAGCUGCCAAAUCAAAACAA